AUGGGGAGCGAUCGCCAGAAGCCUCUGCUCUCAGUCUCACCGUUCUUCGACAGAACCAUCCUCAAGGGAACUGGUGAACCAGUCAUUACGCACGCGGGGGGUUUUGUUCACGAGUCGAUAAGGAUGGUGGAAGAUGGCUACAUGAGGUCGGCGAUCGAUUACUUUGAGGAGAAGUGGGCGAGGCCUUCCAUGGCGGCAACUCUUGUGAUCACGAUGUGGUCGAGGAUGGCGUUCGACGAGGAAAAUUUUGGGUGGGGCGGGCCACUUUUCUCCGCCCGGUUGGGCUUCCCAGGAACGAAGUAG